AUGACAAGCGUGAGACCUGGGUUGCAUGAGUUUAAUUUGGCUUCAAGAAGAGCCGAAGAAGCAGCGGCGAGGCGAUUUCAAGCCGUGGAAUGGCUUCAGUCUGUAGUGGGUCAACUCGGUAUUCCGAGUCAGCCAUCGGAGAAGGAGUUCAUUUCUUGCUUGAGAAACGGUAUGAUACUGUGCAAUGCAAUCAACAAGAUUCACCCAGGAGCCGUUUCCAAGGUUGUGGAGAACUACUCGCAUCUGCAGUCAUUUAACCGAGAGUAUCAACCUCCUCAAGCUUAUCAAUAUUUCGAGAAUGUACGGAACUUUCUUGUGGCUCUAGAACAACUGAGGCUUCCAGGAUUUGAAGCUUCUGAUCUCGAAAAGGAUAAUCUGGAGUCUGGAUCAGUGAGCAAAGUUGUGGAUUGCGUUUUAGGACUUAAAGCAUACCAUGAGUGCAAGAUAACGAGCAGUGGCAAUGGGUUCUACAAGCACAUCAAAACGCCAACGUUUCAGCUCUCUGCAACUAAGAUUCAUCCACUUAGUGCUUCCAAGGCGUCUAGGCAUUUGGACAGAAACGACCUCGCAGAUGGUGAAUCUGAUCAGCUCAAAGUGAUAGCCAAGUUGUUUGCGGAUCACAUUUUCAACUCCAAGGAAAAUAUUGAUGAGAAUCUUAGUUCACUUGAGAAUGGCAGCGAGAACUCUAGAGCAAAUUUCCAGAAAAUCAUCUCAAGAUUCCCAGAGCUUCAAUCAGUCUUCCAGAAAUUCCUAAACGAAGGCACCCCAAAACCAUCAGACUUAAAAUCGAUGCCCCUGGAGGAGUCGGCUGUCAAUGAAGAAGACCAGUCCAGCAGAAGUCUCCUACACCAAAAAAAAUGCAACCAUAAGCGUUUACUGAAAACACAAGAAAAGGAGCUUGCGUUGCUCAAGACUUUGUUUAUAAAAACGAAGCAGGAUUUUAAGGAAUUUCAGGUUCAUUUGCAAAGAGACCUGAUGGAACUAGGGAAUCAGAUGCAAGAGAUGUCAUCAGCAGCUCAAGGAUAUUACAAAGUGGUGGAAGAGAACCGAAAGUUAUAUAACAUGGUGCAAGAUCUUAAAGGGAAUAUACGAGUGUACUGCAGAGUUCGACCGAUCUUCAAUGGUGAAAUGAAAGGAGUAAUAGAUUACAUCGGAAAAGAUGGCUGUUUGUUUGUCGUGGAUCCAUCAAAGCCUCUAAAAGAUGCAAGAAAAACGUUUCAGUUUAAUCAAGUCUUUGGUCCAACAGCAACUCAAGGUGAUGUAUUCAGAGAAACACAACCAUUAAUCAGAUCAGUGAUGGAUGGCUACAAUGUCUGCAUUUUCGCUUAUGGCCAGACAGGAUCAGGGAAGACAUACACAAUGAGUGGUCCCCCAGGCAGAUCAGCUACUGAAAUGGGAAUAAACUAUCUAGCUCUCAGUGAUCUCUUUCUGAUAUGUGAUAAAAGAAAGGACAUGAUGACCGAGGAUGAUGGCUUGAGUCUUCCUGAUGCUACAAUGCAUUCUGUGAAUUCUACAAAGGAUGUCCUUCAGUUGAUGGAGGCUGACACAUCUGGGGGAACCCUCCGGAGUUGCUUGCAUCUGGUGGAUCUUGCUGGGAGUGAGAGAGUAGAUAAAUCAGAGGUUACUGGAGACAGACUCAAGGAAGCACAGUAUAUAAACAAAUCUCUUUCUUGCCUCGGAGAUGUGAUAUCUGCAUUGGCUCAGAAGAAUUCUCACAUCCCAUACCGAAACAGCAAGCUGACGCUUCUACUUCAAGACUCAUUAGGAGGGCAAGCCAAAACAUUGAUGUUUGCUCAUCUGAGUCCUGAGGAAGACUCCUUUGGGGAAACAAUCAGUACCUUGAAGUUCGCACAAAGAGCUUCGACAGUCGAACUUGGCGCUGCUCGUGCACAAAAAGAGACUAGAGAGGUUAUGCAUCUCAAGGAGCAGAUUGAAAACCUGAAGAAGGCUUUGGGUACUACAGAAUGGAACAAUGUUUCUUACAGUGGAGCAAAGGAGGUAAAAUCUCCUUUAAGCAGGCCGAUGGCAACAACAGAGAGAACUCCUCCACGUCUCAGAAGAUUAAGCAUCGAAAACUGUAGCAACACAAAGGCCAACCUUGAUGACAGAAAAGGUAUCAAAUCGCCUCUGGCCUCUCGCCGUGCAAAAAGAUUGAGUUUGGAGGGUCCAAAGUCCUGUAAAAACGAAGGACAGGGUAAAGGAGAUAUCACCAUUGAAGUGAACCAGCUCAAGAAUCCACGGAGUCCUCUGAGCACUUACCAAAACAGAGCAGUGAAAGGAGAUCCCACCAUGGAAGUGAACCAGCUAAAGAAUCCACGGAGUCCUCUGAGCGCUUACCAAAACAGAGCAGUGAAAGUAGAUGGCAGAACAACAAGCAUUCCUCAAUUCAGAAGAUUAAGCAUCGAAAACUGUAGCAACACAAAGGAAAACCUUGAAGACAGAAAAGGUAUCAAGUCACCUCUGGCCACUCGCCGUGCAAAAAGACUGAGUUUGGAGGGUAAAAGUGAUCCCACCAUGGAAGUGAACCAGCUCAAGAAUCAACGGAGUCCUCUAAGCUCUUACCAAAACAGAGCAGUGAGAGGAGAUGGGAGAACAAGCAUUCCUCAACUCCAAGUAUUGCAAACACCUGAUAAAGGAGCUUCCAGAAAUGAGAUACAGUUCAUUUCUGUGGAUUCUAGGACAAGUGGUAAAGGUUCAAAUAUUCGCAAGUCCCUGAGGACAAUCGGAAAGCUGAUCAAUGGCAGGGGCGGCUCUGAACCGGUGGUGCUACCGGAGCCAAUGCCACGGCCCAAUAUUUUCUGA